UCUGCAUGACGUAUUGCAUGCAGUUAAGUCCAAAGUUAGCUGCUUUAAAUAAGUGUGCACUUCCAAUACAGCUCCAUCAUAUUUGGGUUACUUUACUUGUGAUCUUUUUGGAGUGUCUAGUUACGGAGAAAAUGGUAAGUAGGAUAGUGGAUCUUCGGUCAGAUACAGUCACAAAGCCAACUGAAACAAUGCGAGCUGCUAUGGCCAGUGCUGAGGUUGAUGACGAUGUUCUUGGCCAUGACCCUUCCUGUUUUCGGUUAGAAACAGAAAUGGCAAGGAUAAUGGGAAAGGAAGCAGCUCUUUUUGUCCCAUCAGGCACUAUGGGGAACCUUAUAUCUGUCCUUGUCCAUUGUGAUAUUAGGGGAAGUGAAGUUAUUCUUGGAGACAAUUCCCAUAUCCAUAUUUAUGAGAAUGGAGGCAUUGCAACUAUUGGAGGGGUACAUCCAAGAACAGUUAAAAACAAUGACGAUGGAACCAUGGACAUUGAUUUGAUUGAGUCUGUCAUCAGAGAUCCAAAGGGGGAGCUAGUGUAUCCAACCACAAGGCUUAUUUGCUUGGAAAAUACUCAUGCAAACUGCGGUGGUAGAUGCCUUUCAGUUGAAUAUAUAGACAGAGUUGGAGAGAUAGCUAAGAAGCACGGACUAAAGCUUCACAUUGAUGGAGCCCGUAUAUUUAAUGCGUCAAUUGCACUUGGUGUUCCUGUGGAUAGGCUUGUCCAAGCAGCCGAUUCAGUAUCAGUUUGCCUAUCAAAAGGUCUGGGGGCUCCAGUUGGAUCUGUUAUUGUUGGUUCCAAUUGCUUUAUCAUCAAGGCUAGACGGCUCCGAAAAACCUUAGGUGGUGGAAUGAGACAGGUUGGCAUCCUUUGUGCUGCUGCACUUGUUGCUUUACAGGAAAAUGUUGGAAAGCUAGAAAGCGAUCACAACAAUGCUAAAUUUUUGGCUGAUGGAUUGAAUGAAAUUGAAGGACUGAGAGUGGAUACCUCUUCUGUGGAAACCAAUAUUAUAUAUAUUGAAAUUGAAGAGGGUUCACGAACUACAGCAGCAAAACUAUGCAAGGACUUGGAAGACUAUGGUAUCCUUCUGAUGCCAAUGAGCUCAUCAAGUUUGAGAAUUGUCUUCCACCACCAAAUAUCGGCAAGUGAUGUGCAAUACGCCUUGUCUUGCUUUCAGCUGUUAACGGAGUACGAAAUGAAAAUGGCAACUAGUGGAAGAAUUUGAAAUUUGGCAACUUGCUGCCACAUAACUACAACUAUCAAAAGAUCAAAUUCCAUUUGGUUAUGUGAAUAAAUAUGGACAUUUUGUUUGUACCCCAAAAUAAUAUAUGGACCUUAUAUAAAAUUACAUGUGGAG